AUGGCUUCCUACGCGGCCCAGUGGACUCGAUUCAUCGCCGCCGCCCUCCUGCCCGUCUACUGGAUCUGGUCGUACGCCUCAUGGUACUAUGGCUACCGCAAGGCACGCAAGAACGAGCCUGACAACAUCCACGCCAUUCUCGCCACAAAGUUCGCCGACUUUGAGAUAGGCAGCCGACGUCGCGACAACGCGGCCGAGCUGCUGGGCAGCGGCAUCAUUGUGGCCGACGGGCCAUCCUGGAAGCACGGACCGGCUUUGAUCCGCCCAUACUUCGCCAGGAAGCAGCUGACACACUUGGGCAUAGUGGAGAGGCACAUCCAGACGCUCUUUGGGGCAUUCCCAGACAACGACUCGCCUUUUGACAUACAAGAACGCAUCUUCCGACUGACCUUUGAAGUAGGCACCGACUUGCUCUUCGGCCACUCCGACGACGGCCGCCUGUUGUCCGAUCCCACAGAGUUGGCUCAAGAGUUCGCCUGGGCGUUCGAUAGGAGCUUGGAAGGCGUGGCCGCGCGGAUGCGCAUGGGCAAGGCAGCACGGUUCUACUACGGCCCCGGCUAUCUCCCUGCAUGCAAGUCCGUCCAUGCCUAUAUUCGGACUCUCCUGGACGAGGCCGAGCGGGUGGACAAGACCCGACAGGCCAAACUUCGCCGCGAGAUCGACGAGACGCUGCGUGGGAGGCAGCCAACCUAUGAGGAUAUCAAAUCCAUGGUGUACCUCGGCCGGAUCGUCAGGGAGACGUUGCGCAUGUAUCCGCCCAUCCCCUUCAACGGCAGAGUGGCCGUCUGCGACACGGUGCUGCCUCGCGGUGGUGGGCCCGACGGUAAGGCCCCCAUCUACGUCCAGAAGGGCCGGCAGAUCGCCUACUCGGUCUUCCCCAUGCAUCGACGCGCGGACCUCUGGGGCAGCGAUGCGGACGAGUUCCAACCCGACCGGUGGGAAACAGCAAGGCCCAGGUUUGCGUACUUACCUUUCAGCGCCGGGCCACGCAUUUGCCCGGGUCAACAUUUCGCCACCAUCGAGAGCUCCUACUUUUUGACACGGCUGCUCCAAAGGGAACGUGGGUAG